GAGCAGAGCUCUGAUAGCCAUUUUACCAAAAGGAUCAUAAUGAACAACUCUUUGCCUGGUAAUGGAUCCGAUGGUCUCGCACCAAAAUCCUUAUCCUACAGCGUUAACCUAGCACUAGGAAUAUCAUCGCUUGGAAUAAUACCCGUAAUUUUGGUGGGGAACUUGAUGGUCAUUUUCGCCAUGAUUUUCUACCGUCGUCGGCUUAAUACACCAACCAAUGUUUACAUAGUGAGCCUUUCCUUCGCUGAUUUGUCUGUCGGUCUUGCAACUCUCCCAAUGUAUGCCUUCAACUACUUUUCCGCGGCUACAUUCAUCCGUUACAAGUAUCUCUGUAUUCUGAAGUAUUCCUCAAUUUUGUUCUCUCUGAGUUCCUCUAUGUACAACCUGACGGCCAUUGCAAUUGAUCGCUAUAUAGCUAUAAUUUAUCCAUUGAAGUAUCCGCUAUGGAUGACAUCAUCUCGAGCUCGGAAGAUUGCUAUUGGCAUAUAUGUCUACAACAUUCUCGUUAUGUGUAUACCUUAUUUUUGGCACAACGAUGCCGUACUAUCUAAAAGAUGCGACUUCUACCAAGGACUUCCCCUGGCGUAUACUGUAAGUUUUUCAUUUGGGUCCAUUUUCGUUCUUCUGACGUGCUGCUUAGCCAUGUAUAUUAAAGUAUAUCGAGUUGCUUUGGAUAACAGGAAAAGAACAAUUGAAAGAAAGGUGCACAUAUACUACAUGAGGAGGCAACAGCUAAAAAAGGAAACCAAGUCUGCGUCCACCAUGGGUGUCAUCUUGUUUCUCUUUGUGGCGUUCUGGUUUCCAUUUAUGAUCUGUGGUCCUUUAAAAUACACACCUCUGAGCCCAGAGAUCGUUGACCUGAUUAAGAAUAUAAGUCUCCUCAUCGCCCAAAGUAACUCAGCUGUCAACCCCAUUCUCUACUGUUGGCUGAAGUCAGAUUUUGCCUGGGCUUUUAAGAAAAUGGUACCCAUCUGCCAGACACGUGGAUUCUCGAGGGGCAUCGACAGUAAAAGAGUACCCAAAAUCAACGUUAUUCAAAUGAAUGACUCGUUCACUGGACGAAUUUAACCCUUUCUUAAAAAGAGAUGUUUAACAGAAUGAAAUAAUUGUUCCAAAGAACAUGUUAGCGAUA